AUGGCGGCGGCGACGCAAAGGGUGAUGGGAGUUGUAGUCCUUUGAAGGGGAAGUAACCCAAUCAAACGCGUUUUGCUGAGGACGCCCCGCCUCCUUUAGUCCGCCUAAACCAUAGAGUCGGAGAUAUAUAGGUGUGUGUGUGAUGGGAAAGUGAGGUCCUCCGAGGUUGUGCUAGAGCGGCUCAUUGGUGGGGAAGGGAGGUAUAGACCGGAAGUGGCGUCUCGGUGGUCUCCGCCAGCAGUCCGGAGCUUCCGGCGGCUGCGGGGCAACCGGGGGGGGGCCGGGGGGGCGCAUGGGGGGGGCCCCGCCGUGGGGCCGGGGCCUGACGGUGCCGGGGGCCCCACGAUGGAGGAGUGGGGGGUGCUGGGGGAGCCCCCCCAGGAGCUGCAGCGGGACGGCAGCCCCCUGGGGUUCCCGCUGCCCGGCCCCGAGGAACCCGGAGUCCCCGAGCCCCAGGGCACCCCCGCAGCCGCUUCCCCGGCCCCACCGGCCCCUCGCUGGCGUCCUCCCCCCCGCUGCCGCCAUCACCACCCCCCCGCUCCUCCUCCUCCUCCUCCUCCUCCUCCUCCUCCUCCUCCUCCUCCUCCUCCGCGUCCCUUCGCCUGCGGGGAAUGCGGGAAACGCUUCGGCCUGAGCUCCCACCUGAUCCGCCACCAACGCAGCCACACCGGCGAACGACCUUUCGGUUGCGGCGCUUGCGGCAAAGCUUUCGCUCAACGUUCCGACCUGGCUCGCCAUCACCGCACCCACACCGGCGAACGCCUUUAUUCCUGCGGCGACUGCGGCAAACGUUUCGCCGAGAGCUCCCACCUCCUCCGUCACCGCGUCACCCAUUCCGGCGAACGACCUUUCCAGUGCCGCCUUUGCGGUAAGAGUUACGGCGACAGCUCUUACCUCGCCGUCCACCAACGCGCCCACACCGGCGCCCGCCCUUACCGUUGCCCUCGUUGCGGCAAAGCUUUCGCCCGCAGCUCCACGCUGGCGCGGCAUCAGCGCGUCCACGGCGCGGGGCGCGGUUCUUCCGGCGCGUUCCACCCUUUUGGGCGCAAAUGGGAGGGGUUAAAGAGAGAGGAGGGAACCCCCGAGGGGGGGAGGGUCGGUCGGAAGAGGGGGGUGGGGAGGGAGCCACGCCCCUUAGGGAACGGGUGGGAGGGGCUACGGGGUGGCCACGCCCCCGUCGAGAAGCCACGCCCACCGUGGGGAAGGGGCGGAGCCGCGAGGGGGCGUGGCCUCUGUGAGAGCUGGUCACGCCCCCUGGGACCGGAGUGGGAGGGGCCUCAGAGUGGCCAUGCCUCCCCGGAGAGGCUCCGCCCCCUGUGGGAGGGGCCAAAGGGCGGGGGCGCCCCGGGAGGGGAGGCCCAGAGCGAGCUCCGCCCACCCGGCGAUGAGUGGGAGGGGCUAAAGCGUGGCCACGCCUCCCCGGUGAAGCUCCGCCCCUUGGCAGAGAAGUGGGAGGGGCUACUGCUGAGCCCCGCCUCUUUGCGUGGAGAGGGGACCAAUGGGGAGGGCUGGGCUGGCCACGCCCCCUUGGAGGCGGAGUGGGCGGGGCGAGCGCGUGGCCACGCCCCCACGGAGGAUGAGCCACACCCCCUGGAGGCGGAGUGGGCGGGGCAAACGCCUGGCCACGCCCCCUCGGAGGAGGAAGAGGGAGGAGCCCCCGUGGCGGACUGGGAAGGCCACGCCCCCCGGAGGACAAGCCACGCCCCCUGACAGACGAGUGGGAGGGGCUUCAGCUUGGCUCCGCCUCCCCUGACGAAGACGGGCAGCAAUUGGUGGACUGGCCAGGCCACGCCCCCGCUGGGGAUAGGCCACGCCUUCUCAUGGACGAGUGGGAGGGGCUAACGCGCGGCUCCGCCCCCGCAGAGGACAAGCCCCGCCCCCUUGAGGAAGGGUGGGCGGGGCCUGACGGCAGCUCCGCCUCUUCAGGAGCUCCCUCGGAGGAUGAGUGGGCGGAGCCAACGGUGAUCGGCCCCGCCCCCGGCGGGCUGCGUGUGGGGGGGGAGUGGGCGGGGCUGAGGGCCACGCCCACCCGGCCUCCAGCUGCCAAUCACCUUCGGAUCGUGGGGUGGCAGUGGGGGGUGGAGUGAGCCGUUGCCUGGCAACCGCGGGG